CGCGGAGAGCGGGUCACCUGUACGCAGCGCGCGCCGCCGGCGGAGCGCGCGCUGCUGUUGUUUACACGGCGCUCGACUGCAGGCUGGACGGAACUUUGCUGGGGAGCUUCUGCGGAGCGGCGGGAUAUGGACGGGAUUAUCCGGACGCUGAAUUCAGAGACGUCCCGCUGUGCUUCCCGGAGGUUCUCUGCUCCAGACUGAUGCUCAUGUUGUUAACAGACCACAACUUCAGACUCAGCCCGGCAGGUCUGGUCCGUGUGCGACAGAGCCUGAGAACCCUUCAGCCAAUCGAUGAGCUGAAGAAGGGUCCCUUCACGCUGCAGGCCGCGGUGGAGGGAUACCAGCAGACGGAUGCAGGGGUGGAGGUGGACAUCUGUUUGUCCGCCACGUCUCGUUCCGGAUGUCCGGUGUGGACAAGCGUCCUAACGCUGCUGUCACGGAGCCGGCGCCACGAGCCCAGCAGAGCCCUGCUGAGGAACGAAGAGGAGGAGCCAGAUGAUGUGAAGCAGGUGGAGGUCAGAGUUCCCAUGACUACCGGCCAUCAGUGUGUUUGGCCCUUCACUGACUACUCCCCCCAUCGCCUCCUCUCUCUGCCGGCUGUGAUCUGCGGCCUGAAGUCUCGAAUGGCGCCAGGUUUCUGGAUGCUGUCCGUCUGCUUGGCCGAAAUAGAAAAGCGCAGAGGUGUCGCAAUCAUCACAGCUCCCGUCAGCGUCACGGCCCACUUUAAGGAGACUUCGCCAGCGGGAGAAACCGUGACGAUCAGGUUCUGGGGCACGAGGAAAAACGAGGGUCGGUCUGCCGAUGAAGACCUGAGUUUCCAGGUGCAGCUGCAGGGACAAAGCUCCUCCCACAUGGUGGGACUGAUUUCUAGAACCUAAUUAACAGACAGGAGUGACGGUUCUGCUCAGACACUGUGAAGCGCUUACGUUUUGAUUCAUUAGGUUUGCUCAGUUUCAGUGUCAACAACACUUGACACUGAAACAACACCAUGUUUUUUGGAAGUCCACGUCUCUUUUGACCCACCUUCAUUUGCAAAGUUGCUGCUACUUUUUCUCCUAAAUCCUUUUGGAACAAGCAAAGUUGGACCAACGUGUUCCAUCAGAGGGUUUACAAAGUGAAAAUGAUAUGAAAAGUACACAGCAGGUUGUGGUUUUGUUCUUGUGUUAUUACGUCUUUUUUAUGGUAUUAUUCCAACUCUAUCGCUGUAAUAUUCUGAGCUUAUUCUCCUAUUAUUUCAACUUGUUGUACCAUGUAAAUUUUUUUUCUUAGCCUCGCCCUAAUACUCCGUUCAUAGGAUGGAGAGCGUCUGUCAACAAAAAUGUUGACGUACUGAUUUUCUGAUCAACUUUGACGAGGCCAUUCAUAAACAGAAUCUAAUUGAAACCGUUGGCUCUAUGUUUAGAGUCAUCAUCAAUAGCUGGCUCAUUUUUUGCUUGUUUUAAAAUAUCUGUUGGAAAAAAUCUGUGUUCAUUUCAUUUAUCACCAGAAUGAUCCUCACUUUGUUGCAGUAAUAAUAAAUGUUUUAUCUGGUUUCUCUUCA